AUGCGUCGACGGCGAUCUGACGAGCUCCCUCGGUACGCGAGCGACAACGACUCGUCGCCCUUCCGCUUCCACCGCCGCUACGCCUACUACCUACUCGGCUUUCUCCUCGUCUGCUGGUUCCUGUACCCGUCAUCAAGUCGAGCGUCCACGAAAGACGCAACGAACUGGAACAACUUCGCAUACAGUCUCUACGCAACCGACAGCGCGACGCUCUGCCAUGCGCUCCUUGUUUUCGAUGCGCUGGCUCGAUUCGGCAGCAAGGCGGAUCGCGUUCUGUUCUUCCCCGAGCACUGGGAUACGGAGGUGACGAGCGCGAAAGACCGCGACAGUCAGCUGCUCGUCCUUGCGCGCGACAAGUACGGCGUCAAGUUGCACCCCGUGCGGCUUCUGAGCGUCGAGAGUCGCACCAAAGACGAAUGGACAAGGACAUGGGACAGAUCGGUUACGAAGUUCAUGGCUUUCUCGCUCGCGUACUACGACCGCGUCAUCGCGAUGGACUCGGACGUCACGCUCCUAAAGCCCCUCGAUGAGCUCUUCCUCCUCCCGGGCACGCCCAUGGCUAUGCCCCGCGCAUACUGGGCUGACAGCAAGCCCUGGCCGCUCACGUCGAUGCUGAUGGUCAUCAAACCUGAUGUGGACGAGUUUGAGCGGUUCAAGAAGACAAUCGGAGGGGCCAAUGACGAGGUUGUUAGUGUGCAUAAGUUCGAUAUGGAGCUUGUAAACGAGCGGUUUGAGGACAGUGCGCUGGUGCUUCCCCACCGCCCGUAUGCGCUGCUGAGCGGCGAGUUCAGGAAGCACGAGCACAGCGCAUAUCUGGGCAACAGCUUCGAGGCGUGGGACGCAGAGAAGGUCUACAGCGAGGCGAAGCUGGUUCAUUUCAGCGACUGGCCGCUGCCCAAACCGUGGAUCAUGUGGCCCACGAAGGGCCUGGAGGAGAUGCAGCCCGACUGCGGCGGGAGCCAUGUCGGCAGCUGCGCCGAGAGGAAGAUCUGGAAGCACCUGUACGAGGACUUCAGGAUGCGAAGACGCAAUGUAUGUAGACUGCUUAGUGUGCCUGCGCCGGACUGGUGGACCAUCAAGCAUGGCACGCGACCUGGGAAUGCCACAGACGGUACCGAGCAUGCUGCGCCUCCAGCUGAGGGAGCUAUUCUCAGCCAACUUUGA